UAUCAUCAGUUCUGAGAGAGAAGAUCUAAGCGGUGGGAUUCUUGGAUUUCUAUCUUCUUCUCUUGCGUACGACCUAGUACAGAGAAGCAGAUAGGGAACGAAGAAGAAGAAGAAGAAGUGAAUCCCGGAAUCUAACCAUGUCUCUGUCAUACGUUAAAAUGUCCGAAGAAGUUUGGUUAACAUGUCUUACUCACGCAUUGUCUACUGAGACAGAAGAGAUCACGGGUCUUCUUCUUGGUGACAUUCAGCACUCCAAAGGUGGGAAUUUCACAACACUACCACGAUCAGAUCGACAGAAGGAUCGAGUGGAGACCAAUCCUGAACAGUUGACUGCUGCCUCUGUUGAAGCACAGCACGGAAGAAUGACCAGAGUAAUUGGCUGGUAUCAUUCGCAUCCACACAUCACUGUCCUUCCUUUGCAUGCUGGAAGAAUCCAGGUUAUUGCUUUUCAGUCCUUGGAUGGCAAGCAAAGUCAAAUAAAUUUGAGAGCAGUUCCAGUUUCCUCAGCAAACAAAGAGGUGGUCAUCGACCUUGAAUCAUCCUUGAGUUUUUUUAGAAAAUGUGUCUACUAGACUUGGCUCUGGAAAGGAAGAAAGUCUUAAGAAGAUACUGGUGAUUCGAAAGCUGCCAGACUAUUUAAGGUCAAUUAAUAUUGCAUAAUUUCUUUUUUGGCUAAAUAAGAAUUAG